AACGUGAUAUAAAUAGAGUACCAGAAUGGGACAAAGUUUGAGAAGAAAGCAUGACAUCACUCAGACUUGCUCUCCACCCAAAAAGAUCUGGGAUGGAGGUGCAAACGUGAGCUGGACAAGAGAGGAGUUAGCAAGUCUUUUCAGUUCAUUUCCCAGGGAGAGAGUGAGAGCUCUAUGCUUUAUGCGCUAUAAGGAAGUACAUUUUCUUGCUAGCAAAACCAAAACUGGCUUCGGAUCUCUGACAACGUGAAAGUAAUUGAAAGGAAAAGACAACCAUAGGAAGAAAGUUGAAAACAAGAUAUUUUCUUUUUGGCACAGAUUCUAGCAGAAAUAUUUGACUUCUUUCCACGGAACGGUACAACUUUCGGAUCCGAUGCACACUGCUUCUAAUUCUUCCGCAAUCACAGUAAUUUAUUUAUGGUUAAAUGAAGAGAUCAAAGUGUGAAGAAAGCAAAUACUACUUAAAGGGUCGGAAGGAUAUUUUGCCAUCACUGAAGGAACAGACUUCUUGAACCUACAAGGAAAAUGUCCCUUUUAAUACAAAAAGUAGCUAAGGAAAACUUAUGAUUGAAAACCCGCAGGAAUUUGAUCUCGGUUGUACUUCUAACCUUAAAUAGAUGAUGAAGAAUUUAUUAUCUCUGCUUUGCUGUCAUUAUUCUUUGCUGAUUUUAUUGCAGUUCAAAAAUCAGGUGUACGGAAACUAUUCCCAGCUACUCGAACACCCAGGGUUCAAAGUUUUUUCAUCAGCUUCCCAUUACUGGCCGCUGGAAGACGUGGAUGGAAUUCAUGAGUUUCGGGAUACGAACGGAGCUCUAAGAAUCCACAACUUCACUGUGCUUCCUUCCCAUAAUUCUACCUUUGUAUAUACCAAUGACUCUGCCUACUCUAACUUCUCUGCAACUGUAGACAUUGUAGAAGGAAUGGUGAACAAAGGAAUUUAUGUUACUGAAAAGAAAGGAGUUACCUUUCUCUUCUUUGGAAGAUAUCAAAAUUCCUGCAUUAGCAACCCAGAAGUUUGUGGACCUGAAGGAGUAACGUUUUCCUUUUUCUGGAAGACUCAAGACCAACAGACGAAGUUUCCCCCUGCCUCUGGUGGGCAAGUGAUUUCCAGUGGUUUCAAAAUCUGUUCAAGUGAAGGUGAAGGUUCAGUGGAAUUUUAUACCCGUGGGAAUGCAAUGAUGAAGUGGAAAGCAAGUUUUAGUCCACCAGGUCCUUACUGGACUCAUAUUCUCUUCACUUGGAAAUCAAGAGAAGGACUGAAGGUCUACAUCAAUGGAACUCUAAACACAACUGAUCCAGAUGGGAAAGUUUUCUAUGAUUAUGGGGACCCCAGUGCAAAUCUGCUGACUGGAACAGAAGGGGAUCAAACGAAGCGCUACGUGAAUGGAGCAUUUGAUGAAUUCAUUAUAUGGGAAAGGGCACUCACCCCCAAUGAAAUUGAGCAGUACUUUACAGCUGCUAUAGGUGUGCAGUUUUUGCUCUCUUCAACUCUUUCGUGGUCUACAAUGACAACUACUCCAAAACCUGUGCUGUCUACAAACGCCUAUCAUCCCAUCAUAACGAAUUUGACCAAAGAGAGAGGCAACUUCCACUCCUCUGACAUCCUGCUGGAAUACCUGGAGAAUGUCUCAUUCAGCUUGCCCAAUAAAUCCUUGUCAGAAAAUACUGCUCUAAGCCUGACAGAGGCAUUUUUAAAAGUUAUUGAAGACUUUCUGCUAUUACCCAACUGGCCUGAAAUACCUGAGACUGCUCACAUAUUUGGAAGCUUAAUUCAAACUAUUGACAGUGUGAUGGUGCAUAUGACAUGCAAUCUGGAAGAAAACUCGAUGUCUCUAACUGUUGAGGGUACAUCAUCCAUAGCAGACUACACUUUGGCCAAAAUGCAUUCCAAGACUCUGAAUUUGUCCCAUUAUCGCUUUCCAUCUCGAGGACAGAGUUACAUUUCUAUUCCCAGUGAAGCUUUUCAAGAAAGAGCUUGGAUUACCAUUGUCGGCAUGUUUUACCAUAACAUGCACUACUUCUUUCAUAGUAUCAACCCUAUGGAUACCAAGAUUGCUGAAGCUGCUGCUUACAAAGGCUAUAUGAUCUCAGCAGCCAGUUAUCUCAUCUCUAUCAAAGUAGAUCCUCCUCCCAAGUUGUCCCACAACCUGUCAGGAUCUCCUCUUAUAACCAUCCAGCUCACCCACGUACUGGCUCCCAGACAAUACAGCCUAGCACUGAACAAGAGUAACAGAGUCCAUCUUUACUGUGCAUUUCUGGACUACAGCAAUGGAACUGGUAUUUGGUCUAACGAAGGUUGUGUGCGUGAGAGCGGGGACCUCAACUACUCUGUGUGUCUUUGUAACCACCUCACUAACUUCGCCAUUCUGAUGCAAGUGGUGCCUCUGAAGCUAACAAGAGAACACCAGGUGGCCCUCUCCUCCAUCACUUACAUUGGCUGUGCUCUGUCCAUCUUCUGCUUGACGAUCACGCUGGUCACAUUUGCUGUAUUGUCGUCUGUGAGCACCAUCCGCAACCAACGCUAUCAUAUCCAUGCCAACCUGUCCUUUGCUGUCCUGGUAGCUCAGAUCCUGCUUGUCAUCAGUUUUCAGUUCAGCCCUGGAACAGUGCCUUGCAAGAUCUUGGCCAUUCUCCUUCAUUUUUUCUUCCUGAGUGCUUUUGCAUGGAUGCUGGUGGAAGGAUUUCACCUCUACAGUAUGGUGAUCAAAGUAUUUGGGUCAGAAGAGAGCAAGCACUUAUAUUAUUAUGGAAUUGGAUGGGGCUGCCCGCUGGUGAUUUGUGUAAUUUCUGCAACGUCGUCCUUAGACAGCUAUGGAGAAAGUGACAACUGCUGGCUUUCCCUAGAGAAUGGAGCAAUCUGGGCUUUUGUGGCACCGGCGUUGUUUGUAAUUCUGGUCAAUAUUGGCAUUCUCAUUGCUGUUACAAGAGUUAUCUCAAGAAUCAGUGCGGAUAACUAUAAGGUCCACGGGGAUGCCAAUGCCUUCAAACUUACAGCUAAAGCUGUUGCAGUUCUCUUACCAAUCCUGGGAAGCUCAUGGAUCUUUGGGAUUCUGGCGGUCAAUGCCCACACCCUAAUAUUUCAGUAUAUGUUUGCUGUUUUCAAUUCACUACAAGGGUUUUUCAUGUUCCUGUUUCAUUGUCUUCUGAAUUCAGAGGUCAGAGCUGCUUUUAAGCACAAAACCAAGGUGUGGUCCCUCACCAGUAGCUCAACUCGCAACAUCAAUGUAAAACCCUUCAAUUCUGACAUUAUGAGCGGGAACAGGCCGGGCACAACCCCCACAAAGCUGAACACCUGGGACAAAAGCACCAAUUCAGCCAACCGCAUUGAUUUAUCAGCAGUCUGACAGCAGUGCCAGCUUCUCAGUGAAAAUCAAGCCAUACAUUCAGGACCUCUGACACAAUGUCCACCAGUAUUUUCUCACUGUCAAUACCAGUAGAAAACUGCUUGUUUAAUCACUGACUAUUAGAUUGGAAAUUGCCAUACUGUUUUCUUGACUAAAUAGCCCUAUUCUGUUUGUCUACCACAUUCUACCACUUGCCUAUUAGCGUUAUUGGUCAAAGUAAAUAGCACAAAUAUACACUGGAUGGUUUUGUCAGCAUCGAUGAAAACGCUAGGCGUGCAAGAAGGGUUCACUGCCAUCUGAAUCUUUCCACAUCCCAGAACAGAGGAAAGUCAGCAUACCUUGGGAAAGAUGGAUUUUUAAGCUCUAAAAUGAAAUGUUUCCCAUUGUGACAUUGUAAUGGGGCUCUUCUGGUCUUGCUGUGCACACUUUGUUUACACUUAUUACCUUACACAAUCCAGUUAUUGAAGCGAAGCUUAUUCAAAA